UCAGCCUCCCCUCCUCGGCUUCUCUCCGCUCCCCACCACCAGCUCACCGAUCCCGCCGGGAAGAGGAGAGGCCGAGACGCGCCGCCAUGGACACGGAGCCUUUCGACGAGGUGGAGCUCCUCGCCCUCUCCGCGUCCCCAGCCGUCUCCCCGCCUCGCCGCCUAAAGCGGCUUAAGAAAUUCUCCUCCCAAAUCACCACCACCGUCGCUACCACUACCAGCCCUCCUGCCGGCUCCCCGCCGCCGCCGAAGGAACAGGCGUCACCGGGCGAGGAAACCCUAGCUCCGAGCCAGUCUCCUCCCCCGAACCCCUCCCCGCAGCCGCUGACGUCGCCAGAUGCGGAUGCGCCGACCCCGCUACCCGAUUCCUCUCCUGCCCCCGUCUCCUCGCCGCUGCCGCCGACCGACACCGCCGCCGACGACGAGGAGGAUGACGGGCUCGACCCGCUGUUCUCGGAAACCGUCGGCGCCGGGGGGUGGGACCCGCUCGGCGCGCCGGCGGAAGGGGACGACGCCGGCGACGAGGAGGAGAUGCCGCGGGGCGGGCUCAUCGAGGAGCUGCGGAGGGAGAAUUCCGCCAAGAAGCGGCUCGACAUGGACGAAGCCGAUGGGGGAGUGGCUGCUGCUGGGGCGGAGGCAAAGGGGAAGAGGAGCAAGAGGAAGAGGAAGGAGGAGGCGCCCAAGGAGUCAGCCCGGGAGAAGAAACGGUCGGAAAAGGAGAGGAGGGCACAGCUUGAUUCGAUCCACGCCGAGUCACAGAGGUUGCUGCGAGAAACAAGGAGUGCUUCGUUUAGGCCAAUUGUGCAGCCAGUUUGCAAGCCCAUCUCGUCGGUCCUGGAGAAGAUCCGUCUUCGUAAGCUGGAGGUUCUAAAGAAGUCAAAUACUACUGUUGAAGAUGAUGAUGACAAUGCUGCUGCUUCGGAGCCAGCGAGUGAUUCUGCUGUGCAUUUGGAUGUGCUCAAGGUUAAAGAAGUGACAGCAGAUGAUAAGGAUUUGAGGAUUGAUGAUGUUGACAAGGAGCUUGGAAAUCUUGAUCAAUGUAAUGUUGCAGAGGAUAAGGAUGAUUUGAAUAGCAAGGAGAAAGAUCUCCAUAAUUGUGGUACCAAAGCUCCAGAUGAGGAAACUUCUGAUAGAUUGGAAGACAAUCAUGAGAAUACCCAAUCAAGUGAUAACCAUAACAAUUCAGUAGAUCAAACUCAACUGCCCCGUUCUUCAAGCCCUGUUGAGAGUACAGAUGAAUCUUCAUCAGAAGAUGAAGAAGAUAAUGAUAAAGAGAAUAUAGAACCGAGCGCUCGAAAUAAUGAUGUAAAUACUCGUGAACAACUCCGACCAGCUAUUGGAGGAGAUUCAUGUCCAGAUAAUGCCAUCCUGAAGGAUUUUCUAGAUGAUGAAGCUGAGGAAGAGGAUGAUAGUGAUAAUGACAUGAUGAGAUUUAAGGAUGAUGAAGAAAAUUACGGGAGUGAUGAGAAUGAAGUUUUUAAUGAUCUGAUAGCAGCUGGCUAUGAAGAAAAAGAAGUAGAUCAUGAGAAGCGUAAUGAACUCCACCAAAAGUGGCUUCAGCAACAGGAUGCUGCUGAAACAAAUAAUGUUAUGCAAAGGCUGAAGUUUGGCCAUCAGGAGCAGAAAGAAUCAGUGCAUGAAGAUGAAGAUAUAGAAGACUGUGAGGUCGAAUCAGAUAAGGAAAUGUCAUACGACUUGACUCCAGCAAAUGUUGUGCGUCAGAAUUCUGAAAAGGCAAAACAAAUGAUUGCAAAGAUGUUCGCAGAUGAUAAUGAUACUUAUGAACACUCGGAUGAUGAGGAGAUAGAGGAACAUUUGGCCCGUCAACGUAUUUCAAAGCGAGAAGUUGAUAAUAACACAUUGAUAUCUCCGCUGGAAGAUGACAGCUCAAGGGAAGUAUUUGGUCUAAUAAAGAAGCUCAAUAUCGCUCCUCAGCCUAAGAAGAGAGGAAAGCAAUCAACAUCAAAUCAUCAAAUGCUUAUCGCUGGAAGGAACAGCAGCGCUUCAAAGUCAUCUUUCCUUGGUCGAACUGCCAGUGGUCCAUUGGUGUCUUCCCGUAGAUCAGUUCAUAGAUCUUAUGUAUUUGGCCGUGAUGACAGCAACAGUAGUACCAGGAGCUGCAUGUCUACUUCAGAGAGUAUUUCAGAUAUGGAUCAGACCAAUUCAAGCCAACCUAAGAAGGCGAAGUUUAGCGGUUCACAGCCAAAACCUGUGGGGCCACAGGCAAAUUUAAAGAGUGAUACGAAUUCAGGUGUUUCCUUAUUUGAGAUCCUGCGUAGGACUUCUUCAGUUACUUCUGAUAGACAAGAGCUCAGCAGUCAGGAAAGCUGUAGCACAAUCACAGAAAGUCAAGCUGGGCAUCAGUUUUCAGCAUUCAAAUUGUCAAGGAGGUUUUCUAGGGUGGAAGCAAGAAACUGACAGCCUCCUUCCAAGAAACUUGCGGACAUCAUCAAUCAGAAAUGAAUAUACUUUCCUGUGUGUUUCUUCAUAGCAGCUUGUUUCCUGUGGCAGUUUGAGUUCUUAAUCUUGUUUCAUCAGUAUGCGCUUGAGAAUGUACAUUGGAUGGAGUAUCAUGUUUCCUUAUUUUCAGUCCAUUGGUUCUUCAAAGUCAAACAGAUGAUGUUAGUCUGUUACCAAAUGUAUGGACUUGGGAGUUGGGACUCAACAGUUGUUGUAACUUAUGAUCGUUGAAGCAAAGAUUCGUACAUGGAACUCGCCAAGGUUAUCAAAAACACUUGCACAGUUAACUGUGUGGAAUCUUGCUA